AUGGAUUAUACACAGUUUAAUUAUAUUGAUCGUGCAAAAAUAUCUGGUUACGUUCGGAAUGUUUCAUUCAAUUUCUACACUGCUCCAUCUGGCAAUAAUCUCUCUCAAAUAUGGCUUUAUCUCGUUGAUGACGAUACCCUCGUCAGUGGUUACCCGAUGCUCUUCAAUCUUAGUUCACCAUAUCUCAUUCCACCCGUCCAGAUUCAAAAUAAAAGUGGCGUUCAACAGUUUACUCUAACACCUUAUGCAAUGAACAUAUCUCAAGGACAAUUUCUAGCCGUUUCAUUUAGCGCGAGCACGGGUGGCAGCACCUACGAGAAUACUCGAAAUUUGUAUGCUUUAGCGAACGAGAACCUGCUGCCCGACAUCAUGUCCGGUAAUCCAUAUGAGUUUGAUAAUUAUGUGUCGUACGGCAUGGCAUUCAGUUACACAGUGAUGGCGUACAGUGGUAAGUAGAGGAAUAGGGUGCGGUAUGCUAUCGUUUGGUGUUAGUAUUAUUGUUUUUCUCUAAUUUAUUUUUCUAUGGUUAUUUCUGUUAAUUGCUACAUCAGUUCAGACAGACUUCAUUGCUUACUGAGUUUAGGAGGCAUUUGAUAAAUCGUUGGAUGAAAGUUAUAUAUGGUGGAAGCAGUUGAAAUUAACGAAUAUGCAGUUGUAGAAGGUGCUUAGUUUAUAUGCUGAACGUAUAUGAUUUGUGC